AGAGACUAUGCAGGCAAGGAAAGAAAGACUCGCCCCUGUCUUCCUCCUCCCCUCUGGCCUAAGUUUACGCUGACUUCACCCAACAGGCACCUGACCCUCCCAGAUGAGCUGGGAGGGGCUAAAGCACCAUGCACGUCCACAGUGGGGGUGGAGGUGCAGGCAGCAGAUAAUAUUUAAGAUGCUGCGUCUGUAGAGUGUUCAGGGAAAGAAAGGAAAGGUAUAGGGAGCCCAAUUCAUUUGCACUUUUAAACUCAAGCUUUGACAAAGGCUAGGAAAGAGCAAGGGAAGAGAAAGCAAGAGCGUGGUUAGCCCGUCCAGGGAGAAAUUGCACGCUGGUAAUUUGCUCAGCUUUGCAGACCUCAGCUGGGCAUAUCCAGAUCCCCAAAAGGAAGAUCAUUCCUCACCCAGGCCCAAGAAAGAUGCUGAAAAAGACUCUCCCAGGGGUGACCUGGCUCUGCAUUUUCAUCAUGGCCUUUGUCAGCCCCCCAGCGUGGCCACAGAAGCCCCCGAAACGCAAAACACCCGUGCAGCUCCAAGUGGCCACCUGCUGUGAGGAGGCGAAGGAGCUCAAGGCCCAGAUCGCCAAUCUAAGCAGCCUGCUGAGUGAACUGAGCCAGAAGCAGGAGAGGGACUGGGUCAGCGUGGUCAUGCAGGUGAUGGAGCUGGAGAGCAGCACCAAGCGCAUGGAGUCACGGCUCACAGACGCGGAGAGCAAGUACUCGGAAAUGAACAACCAGAUUGACAUUAUGCAGCUGCAGGCGGCCCAGACUGUCACCCAGACCUCGGCAGAUGCCAUCUAUGACUGCUCGUCCCUCUACCAGAAGAACUACCGCAUCUCUGGAGUGUACAAGUUGCCUCCUGAUGAAUUUCUGGGCAGCCCCGAGCUGGAGGUGUUCUGUGACAUGGAGACGUCAGGCGGCGGCUGGACCACCAUUCAGAGACGAAAGAGUGGCCUUGUUUCCUUCUACCGGGACUGGAAGCAGUACAAGCUGGGCUUUGGCAGCAUCCGUGGGGACUUCUGGCUGGGGAAUGAGCACAUCCACCGGCUGUCCAGACGGCCAACCCGGCUACGUGUGGAGAUGGAGGACUGGGAGGGCAGCGUGCGCUACGCAGAGUACAGCCACUUCGUCCUGGGCAACGAACUGAACAGCUACCGCCUCUUCCUGGGGAACUACAGUGGCAAUGUGGGGAACGACGCCCUGGUCUACCACAACAACACGGCCUUCAGCACCAAGGACAAGGACAAUGACAACUGCUUAGACAAGUGUGCACAACUCCGCAAAGGUGGCUACUGGUACAACUGCUGCACAGACUCCAACCUCAACGGAGUGUACUACCGCCUCGGGGAGCACAACAAGCACCUGGAUGGCAUUACCUGGUACGGGUGGCACGGGUCUGGCUACUCCCUCAAACGGGUGGAGAUGAAAAUCCGCCCGGAAGACUUCCAGCCCUAAGAGGAGGCCUGCUGCGGGGCAGGGGUGGGAAAAUGGGGACAAAUGGAGGCUGGGUGAGGGCGGGGGAAGGGCAGGAAGAGGGGAGAGAAAGGUAGGGAUGGAAAGAUGGAAAAUGGCCUACAAUCACCAAUGAGAGGGUCAGGAGCACAAUCAAAUUUAAGUACAAGGGU